AUGCACCUCAUGGCCGCGGGUUUCUCCACCAUGUACCUGAACGAGCGCCUCGUCUUCGGCCUCGCGCCCCCCGACAUCGCCGGCGUCUUCUCCCAGCGCCUCCGCUGGGCGAUGGGCGCGCUGCAGAUCCUGCUGCGCCGCAAUCCCCUCGCCGCGCCGGGGCUGACGCUCGCGCAGUCGCUGCUGUUCUUCGAGUCGUGCGCGUACCACUUCCUGGCAGCUUCCACCGUGCUGACGUCGCUGGCGCCGGUGCCGUUCCUGUUUUUGGGCGCCUCCCCGCUGCAGUGCGACAGCCUGUGGGAGUUCACCAUUGCUUUCGGCACUUUCUACGCCCUCAACCGGCUCAUGCUAUUCAUGGCCCACAGGGGCACAGAGGGCGCGAUGCUGGAGAUGUGGCGCGGCUCUCAGACCUGGAUCUGGAUGAGCCCCAACCACCUCAAGGCUGUCUUCAAGGUCGUGCUGGCCGAGAGCGGCCUUCCCUGGUGGCUGGGAGGCUCGUCCAAGGCCAUUUAG